AUGGAAGAUCACACCUCUCUAGUAUUAAUUCAAGUACCAUAUAGAUUCAAAGUCUCGCCUCAUUCUAGCAUGUUGUUCAAGAAGAGCAUUACCAAGGAGAUAUUAGUCCUCGUAUUUAUAUUAUGCAUCUUAAGUAUAGUUGAGAUAUAUUUAUCCUUUUCCGACUCUGCUAACAUUCCAUCGAUAGUUCAAACAAUCAACAGGUAUAGCCAGAAAGUAAGGUUUAUAUUCCCCAAAUCUUUCGAUGAAGAUCGAUUUAGCGAAUUCAAAUAUAAGGUCUCUGGAUCUACUUACUACAGAUUUAAUGGGAGUCAAUUCCCUGACAUCAUCUUCAAGACAGCUAAGGAAGAAGACUUCCACCAGCAUGACAUUUCAGUGUAUCAUUCUAAUCUUAAUAUCAACGAAGACAAUAAGAAAUGUCCCGAAUUGUACCGUGAGACUCAUGGGGUAUUCGUAGAUGAAGCUAAAGUUAUUGACUUAGACAUGAUAAAAGUUAUGCGCAGUUUCAUGAAAGAUCUUCCUAAUAGUGAGUACUAUCAGGAAAUCGCUCCAUUCUUCAUUGACCAUUUGGAAGAUCAAUUUGCCAAUGGAGAUGAAUUGCAGAUUCCUGAAUAUUGGUUCCAAUUAGCGGGCUCUUCCGUAUGGUUAGAAGAAUAUGGGGUUCAUUUUAUGAUCAGAAGAGUCAUAUAUUGUCCCACUGCUAAAAGGAAUGCACCCAGUAUAUCACUUACCUAUGCACAGAUAUUUGAUGAAAGUUGGAACGAAUUGGAAGAAACAAGCUUGAUAAUACCAGAUGAUACAGGUAUGUCUGACCAUGAUUUUGUUAAAUUCCCCAAGUUCUUACCAGUUCCCUUCUACCAUGAUGUAGACACACUAAACAAUAGGUACUAUGGGCCAGAGGAUCCUAGAAUUACAAUAUACAAAAAUAAGUUUGGUCAUUACGAGCCAUUGAUCAUAUUUAAUGCCUACCAUCGUAAAUUUGAGAAAUUUGAUGAUGAUGAGGAUCAUACAAAUAACAUUGAGGCCAAAUUUUACAGAUCCAUGUGGGUAUGUUUCCCCUUCAAGUUUCAAAGAGGUAAAUUCAAUACUGAUGGUAACAUAGACGAAAUGUACGGUAGUACAGUUUAUUCUAAAAUCGAAGAAUUAAGGAUUAAAGAUAGGCCUAGGCAAGAAAAGCAAAAGAAUUGGACUCCAUUCUUAAGCUAUAACGAACAAGUGCAGAAUAGAGAGGACACCUUUAAUAGAUACUUGUACUUCAUAUAUAGAUGGGCCAAUUUGGAAGUAUUGAGAUGUGAUGUGGUAAGUGGGGUAUGUGAUUUUGAAUACAGAUUAUACCCUACAUUGCUUCCCAGCACUCCAGUUGGUGAAUUAAGAGGUGGAACUGCACUACUUAGUAUAAAUGAACUAAUGAUAAAACUGGGUAUUGAUAUCAAAUACUAUUUACCUCCAGAAAGAGAGGUGUGGCUUGGGUUUGCUAGAGCUCAUAUUGAUAAUUGUGGAUGUGGGCCAGUGAUGUAUAGACCAAACUUAGUGUUGAUAGUGAAGGAUAAGAUUAAAAAGAAGGACUCAGAAACAGAAUUUGACGUGGUCUACAAAAUAAGUCAUGUAUCAUCUUCGAUAUCUUUUGAUAUUGAUGUUUUUGGGUGGAACUUGUGGCAACCACAUAUGGUUUGUCUGGGCAAUAACAUUUUAAUCCCCAAUGGAAUUUCUUCUUGGGUAAUCAACCAGGACGUCCACACAAAUGAUAAGAUCGUAGACUAUUUAACUUUAACUGUUUCGGUAUCAGAUUACAAUGUUGAGAGAAUCAAUAUUAAAAAUUUAUUAGCUGAAGUAGUUCAAUUCGAUGGAGUCUUUCUCGGAGGAGAUAAGUUGCCCUAUAUUCCAAAGUCAACAAAACCUUCACAGCAAAUUGGAUACAACAAUGAUAACGUGGAAUGUGCAAUAUCUAAUUCCAAAGAUUUCUGUAAGGUCUAUGGACUCGAGCACCCUGGCAAUCACUAA